AUGCGGUGUACAUUUCAGCUGUUGAGUGCCCUAGGCGCUGCCCUCCUUUCUCUUUCUUCGACAGUGGCUGCCGCCCCUGUUUCCUCCGAGGAACUUGCAGUUCGAGAUUCUCCAGAAGCUCGACAACUGCCGACAUCAAGCUACUUUAACCUCGAAGCCCCUUCCCACGACCUCUUCCGCAACAAGGCCCUUCAAGACGGAACCGUCCAGCAGGGUUUCGCAUUCGACAACAAGAACCGUCGCCUCUUUGUUGUCCAGCUCAAGAAUGGAUCGCCCGAAAAAGCCGGCGACUUGGCUGUUACGCAGCUCGAUUUCUCGGGCAAGAAACUCGGACACAUGUACUUGAAAGGUUUUGGCCACGGCGUUGCCAUCGCCGCAGAGGGAGUCGGCUCAGACACCUACCUCUGGACCGAAGCUAGUGUCAACAAAGAUAGCGGUUAUGGCCUCAAACUCGCACGAUUCAAGUUCCAAAACGGCAAAACCAUCACAUCUACUUCCGCUGGUGUCAAGACUUUCAAGCCCUUUGCCAACGGGUCAUCGUUCACUUGUGUCAUCAACCCGACUGACAAUACCCUUGUCGUGCGAUAUCAGCUCAGUGGGGCGAAGCACAUUGCUGCAUUUCCGCUGGCGAGCGCUGCCAAGGGCGAUUUCUCAAAGCCUCUGGUCAAUUUUAAACAGCCAGAAAUCAAGGGACUCUCAGAUGUUUUCCAGGGAUAUGCUGCCUAUGGCCAGUAUCUGUACGUGCUGACGGGAACCUCGUAUGAGAAGAGCGGAGGCAAGGUCAACUCGGAAGUUACGAGCGUGGAUAUGAAUACUGGCAAAAUUCAGCAGAAACCCGUCCUGACCAAGGCGGGAUCGACUUUGAAGUUUCGUGAACCUGAGGGUAUGGCUGUUUAUGUCACAGCUGCUGGAGAGCCUAGACUUUUCUUGGGCUUUGCGUCAAAUACGACCCCUGGACAGCGUCGAUCUAAUUUGUUCUAUAAGAAUGAGCUUGUGAAGAAGAAGUAA